AUGGCUGAGCACCUAAAAACUCAAAUCGAAACCCUGGACCAGUGUAAAAUACUAUGUGAAUUCCGAAGUACUAAGUUUACUAAGCUGAAAGAAAGCAUUAGUCAUCUGUCAACUCAGGUUGUGGAAUUAAAAUUAGACAAUGACAAUCUUCGUGUGAAUAUCUCUAAUCUCAACAAGCGUAUUCAAGACCUUGAAUCUGCAAACAGUUGUCUCCCUACUUCGGCUGGCACUGUCCCAAGCAUUAUCCAAGAGAUCUCCGAGCGUGAGCGAUGCUCUCGGAAUGAUGCACUAUUAAUAUAUAUGAAUAUUUUAUUAUGA